AUGUCGAUGAGCAUAGCCCCGUCUGCAUCCGCGUCUGUCCGUGAUUCAUCGGACAACCGUACCCUCGUUGAAGCGGGAGAUGGAGUUCGAGACGAUCAGCCUCGGACUUUGUCAAGGGAGGAAAAGGAUCCUUGGUUGGUAGAGUUUGAUGACCAGGAUGCGUACAAUCCGAAGACUUGGAGCCGGUCAAGCCGCUGGUAUCUUACCUCGUUAGGUGGCCUCCUCGUCUUGAAUGCUACUUUCGCUAGCUCAGCACCAUCCGAGAUAGUAACCAUGAUCGGUCAAGACUUGGGAUUCGGUAUGGAGGUUGGGUCGCUUAUAAUCGCAGUUUUUGUCGCUGGGUAUUGCGUUGGCCCAAUUGUGUGGGGGCCUGUAAGUGAGCGUGUUGGUCGGCGGCCAAUUCUGAUCAUAUCGUUUCUUUUCUACACCGGCUUUCAAGUUGGAUGCGCGCUUAGUCCCAACACUGGCUCGCUCAUCGUGUUCCGCUUACUUGGCGGCCUGUUCGCCUCGGCUCCCUUGACCGUCAGCGGUGCCAUUGUCAGCGAUCUAUGGGAUGCAAAAACUCGCGGAAAGGCAAUGACAAUGUUCUCUGUCGCACCCUUUGCUGGCCCUGCGCUUGGCCCCACUGUUUCCGGGUGGAUUGCCCAGUCCGGCACUGAUUGGAGAUGGAUCUUCUGGGUUCUCACUCUCUUCGCUGGCGUCUGUUUGGCCCUCAUCGUGCUUACAUUGAAGGAGACCUACGCGCCUAUCCUACUUACUCGUAAGGCGCACCGUUUGCGGAAAGAAACCGGCGACUCGCGAUACUAUUCGCCACUUCAGGCGGAUAAACAAACCUUCUCUCAUCGCGUAAAGAAAGUGCUCGGCACUCCCUUCGAGAUGUUGGCUAAGGAGCCCAUCCUCCAGGCAUUGACCGUCUACAUGAGUUUCGUGUAUGGUUGUGUCUACCUGCUAUUUGAAGCUUAUCCGAUAGUCUUCACUGAGGGUCACGGUCUCAAUCCCGGGGUGUCCGGAUUAAUGUUCCUACCGAUCUUCAUCGGAGGCGUUCUCGGAUGUUUCAUUUAUCUGAUCUUCUUCAAUCCCCGUUAUGUGCGAUACGUCGACCACUACGCACCAAAUCCAGUCCCGCCUGAGAAGCGGCUGGAAUCGACGCUCAUAGCUGCACCCCUUCUCGCGAUAUCGUUUUUCGCGUUCGGCUGGCUUUCUUAUAGCUGGAUUAGUUACUGGGCACCAAUGAUGAUGGGUGGGUUACUCGGUUUUAGCAUCCUCUUGAUAUUCUUUACGCUAUUCAACUACAUCGUGGACACGUACUUGUUCGCCGCCGCCUCUGCGCUCUCCGCAAACACGAUCGUCCGAUCUAUAUUCGGCGCCGUUUUUCCUCUUUUUGCGCGCCAGAUGUUCCAGGCGAUGAACCCUCGCUGGGCAUGCACACUGCUAGGAUGCUUUGCGGCUCUCAUGAUUCCUAUCCCGUUCAUUCUCAUCAGGUAUGGCCCUAAGUUGCGUUCAAGGUCAAGGUUUGCCCCGGAUCUUCCGAUGGGUGUACCGGAGAAAGCACCCCAGGAAGAAGUGUAUCACGAACUCUCGCAACCACUGCGUCUGCAUGGUGCUCGUCUUGUAGCCACCCGGCGCACCGCAGUCACUGGUGCUCGCUUCGCAUCAACCUCCGCGGCGGAGGCGCCCGAAACGCUGUCAUGGCCGGAUUACUUGUCUAUCCGAAAGAAGAAGCGUAAAUGGGAAAUGGCUAUGACCGUGCCCUGCGUACUUGCGGGCCUCGUAGGAGGCGCGAGUUACUUCGGCUCUCUCGAAAUGGAUCCAACAAAGCCUAUUUUUGGUGUUGACCCUAUGAUUUUCUUUGGCGGGGCAACAUUCGCCAGCAUGGGCCUUGGUUACCUCAUAGGGCCCAUAGCUGGAUCUCAACUCUGGCGCACUACUCACAGGCGUACCAUGUCAUUGAUAGAAGCUCGGGAUCGCCAAUUCCAUGCACACAUUGUGAAGAAUAGAGUGGAUCCCACCUCGCAGAGUGCCACAAACCCUGUACCGGACUUCUAUGGUGAGAAGAUAGGUUCAUUGAAAGACUACCGACAGUGGCUCCGGGACCAAGCGAGGUACAAGCGAAAGGCACGGUGGACCGAGGAUGAGUGA